AUGGCUUCCACACAUCAAUACCCAGUCGAGCGCUCCAAGGUGUCGCUUCGAGACCAAGCUCACAAGGACAAUCUCGCAAACUGGGAGCCCAUACUAGAAAAGUAUGAGGAUGCGCUACAACAGGUAUCUAGCGAAGGUACAAUUGCCUCGCUUGAGAGGCAUCAGACUAGAGGCCAGCUCCUUCCAAGAGAUCGCAUCGCUUUGCUUCUUGAUCAAGACUCUCCAUUCCUAGAGCUCUGUCCGUUUGCCGGCUUUGGGAAUGCCAACUCGACGCCUUCUGCCAACAUUAUUGCUGGUAUCGGCACAGUGAGCGGAAAGAUAUGUCUUCUCAUGUCGCAUAUACCCACACAGAGCGGCGGAGCUUGGAACGAGAUGACUGUUGUCAAGGUGAACCGCAUCUUGGAGAUAGCCUCUGAGAACGACCUCCCCCUCAUCUCCCUCGUCCAGUCUGUAAGUCUCAACCCCUCACACAACCUCCUCAACAUCAACUCACCCUCCAAGGCCGGUGUCUUUCUCCCACAGCAGUUCCGAGUCUUCCACAGAGGUGGCCAGCUCUUCUACGACCUCGCCAACCGCUCAUUCCAAGGAAAGCCCUCAUGCGCCAUCGUCUUUGGGUCUUCAACUGCUGGUGGAGCAUAUCACCCUGCUCUAUCCGACUAUAGUAUCUUUGUGGAGAAUCAAGCUCAAGUCUUUCUUGGUGGUCCACCGCUGGUCAAGAUGGCUACUGGAGAAGAGGUCGAGGCGGAGGAGUUGGGCGGUGCUAAUGUUCAUGGGUCAAAGACUGGACUUGCCGAUCAAGUCGCGACAGACGAGUUCGAUGCCAUUCACAAAGCUAGGGAUUGGGUUGCCUCUCUCAAGAUCAAGCAGCGAUUCCUCAAGACCAACGGUGAAAUUUCGAAUCCUCUUCCUCCACGGUAUCCCAUCGACGAUAUCCUUUCCUUGGUAAACCCCGACAUUCGAAAGGCGUUUGAUAUGAAGGAGGUGGUGUUGAGACUUGUUGAUGAUUCGAGGCUGGCCGUCUUCAAGCCCAAGUAUGGAGUCAACAUUUUGACUACGUGGGCGCACAUCAUGGGCUUUCGAGUGGGAAUUGUGGCCAACCAGAUAUCCGUCAUCAACCCCGAUGAAGCUCUCAAAGCCGCCCAGUUUAUCCGGCUCUGCAACCAAGAGGCUACGCCCAUCAUCUUCCUUCACAACGUCACAGGCUUCAUGGUAGGCACCAAAGCCGAGCACUCCGGCAUCAUCAAGGCUGGAGCGCAGCUCGUCUCUGCAGUUUCGUGCUCUCAAGUUCCUCACAUCUCCAUUAUCAUGGGGGCCUCCUACGGCGCUGGCAACUACGCCAUGUGUGGCCGAGCCUACAAGCCUCGGUUCAUCUUUACUUGGCCGACGGGCAAGUGCAGUGUCAUGGGACCUGAUCAGCUUGCCGGUGUCAUGGAGCAGAUCCAGUCGAAGAAGGCUCGGCCUGAGGGAGAAAAGGAUUCAGCAGACAAGGUUCAGGAGAAGACGGCGCAGUUUAAGCGCCAGGUUCAGAGAGAUGCUGAGAGCUACUCUACAAGCAGUAUGCUUAUUGAUGACGGAAUCAUUGAUCCCAGAGAUACGAGGGAAGUGCUGGGUAUGUGCUUGGAGAUUGUUUCAGGAAACGACAAGUCUGCUGGUCAAGGGUUCAGAGCUCUUGCGAGAAUAUAG